AUGCCGAUGCACAAGGGUAUCCUGCCUCGAGAGGGCUUCUGCGCAGACGUCAUCCUCAAGCUCAUCCGCAGAACAAUCCUCAACCCCAAUCUCCUCCUACCCUUGAUUCUACUUGCCCGCUACACGAAAAGGGGCCAGGACCUCUCGAUUCUUCACCCCAAAGCCGCUCGCCGGCUGAAGCUGCUCUUCUACCUUGCCGUAGCGCGCGGGCUCAGCGGCUGGUUCUCCGACAGAGUGCGCAACAACUGGGUCAGCGACAAGUAUGACUGGUCCAAGGAAAUCGUCCUCAUCACCGGCGGCGCGGCCGGCAUCGGCGCGGCCAUGGUGAAGCUGCUAGAUGAGUUGAAGAUCAGGGUGGUGGUGCUGGACGUCCAGCGGAUGACAUAUGCGGCAUCGUCCAGAGUCAGCCACUUCUACUGCGACGUCAGGUCGCCGGCAAACGUGGCUGCCGUCGCCGAAAGGGUAGUCGGCCAGAUUGGGCAUCCCACGGUUGUCAUCAACAACGCCGGUGUCUGCCGCGGCAAGACAAUCUUGGAUGCCACGCCCGAGGAUGUGAGGUUCACCUUUGAUGUCAACGCCCUGGCCCCUUUCUGGGUGACAAAGACGUUCCUACCGCACAUGAUAGCACAGAACCACGGCAUGGUGGUGACAGUCUCGUCCUUUGCCUCGUGGGUCACGGCGCCCAACAUGGUCGACUACGCCGCGUCCAAGGCUGCAGCCAUGUCGUUUCACGAGGGGCUCUCAGCUGAGCUCCAGACUCGAUACAAGGCCCCCAAGAUCCGUACUGUGAUUGUCCAUCCCGGAGGCACCAAGACGCCACUCUUCACCGGCUACAGUCAGGGGGCGCGCUUCUUGCUACCUCUGCAGGAGCCCGAGUCCGUAGCCGAGGCUAUCGUGAAGCAGAUCCUCAGCGGGCGAAGCGGUCAGGUCGUUAUGCCAGAAGCUGGAGGGAUGCUCCCCGCCGUGCGCGUCUACCCGGACUGGCGUUCAUACCGAGUUCGAAGCAGGGCCCAAAGAUCCAUGUUGAACUUUAAAGGACGCCAAGUUAUCGAGGAUGUAGCUGCACCUUUCGAGACCAAAGACAGCGUGCAGGCCGUCUCCACGGCCUGA